CACGCGCUGAGGUAGGAGGCACGGUGUGGUGGAGCUGAGGCCAAGCACUGGCAACAGGCGCUACAGGGACAGGAUCCACACCGGGCGUCGCUGACCUUACGACUAGGGAGACAGGAAUGUCGCCAGUCGGAGAGUUCUCGUCGUCUCUGGUGACUCUGAUGCUGGUGAUAGCCGCACCAGCUCGACUAGAACUCAUCACUGGUUCCACGGAACUGCAGACAGCGUUCGCACUGGAGCGGAACGUUGUGCCGCUUCUCAGCAACUUCAUCGACAGGACGGAGCGGAAACUCGCCAAACUCAGGAGCUAUCUGGACCAGUACAGCGAAGUUGAGAGUGACCUGUACCAGCACGAGGGGGACAAUUUUCUGGAGAUGGUGGCCGGUAACCCUGUGCACGCGUUCCACCUCACCAAGAGGUUCGUCUCCGACUGGAGACAGAUUCAGAACAUUAUGCGCAAGGAUCAGUGGUCAGACGUGGCGCAGCAGAUUGACGCGCUGAAGCUCGGCGCGCGGCUGCCCAAGGUGACUGACCUGGAGGGUAUGGCCAAGGCGUUGGUGCGACUGCACGACACCUAUGACCUGGACCUGGACCGACUGGCAGAGGGGGAGAUGCUCGGCGUUCAGACGGCCGCCACCCUGACUGCGCACGACUGUCUGUACAUGGGGAAGAGCUCGUUCCAGCAGGGCAUGUACUGGAGAGCGGUACAGUGGUACGACACGGCACUCCGGCUGGCGGAGAGGGAGAGCAGCAGCAACAACGCCACCACCACCGCUGUCAUCACCGGGCUGGCGCAGAAGGCCAGAAACGCG